AUGGAAGAGUCGCGGCAAGCCGAAAACACGGUUUUCCGGAAGCUCUUACCUGAAGAAAUCAGAUAUUUACAUCCUUUCCCAUAUACACAACAAACUAAUGAUGACGAUAAUGAAAAUUUAAUAGAAGAUUUUGAAAAUUCUCCAGUAACAUUAAAAACAAAUCAAGUUUUAAUAGAAAUAUUAUCAACUUCAGCAUUUGUGAACUAUGUAGAAUGCCCACAGAAUGAAUACAUUACAUUAGAUUUAAAUAUUGCAGGCAAUCGUUUUAGAUCUCCAAAAGUUCAAGCAUCUGAUGAACCUCAAUUACAAUGCAACUUCUUACUUACAUUAAAUCAACCAAUUACAGAUUUAAUUAGAUUAGGUCAAUCUUCUGUAUCAGUGAUUGCUGAAAAUCAAAAAGGCACAUACAUAUACGGAUACGGUCAGUUUGACUGGCGUCUAUCCCUUUCAGGAUACUUAAGAGAUCAAGUUAUUUUACAUGAUUCUCAAUCCCAAGAAUGCGGUCUAAUUGAUAUAAGAAUUCAAUUGGGAAGCAAAAUGGCCUCUUCCCAACAGUUAGAAAAUUGCUUUGUACAUCGAAAUGAAACAAACUCCAUAAUUUGCCCGAUAUCAUCUCGUGCUUUACCAACACCAUUCCAUGCAUUCAGAUUUGUUCAUUUAUUAUAUAAAAUAUCAAAACUCAAAUUGAAAGAAAUGAAUUCUAAGGAAGAAUUAGAUCCUCGUUCGUUCUCAGUUCAUAAUGUUUUAGCGAAUAGAGUAGGAAAUAUUAAAGAGCUUUCAGCUUUGCUUGUUUGCUUAUUAUGUGGUUUCGGUCUUGAUGCAUACAUUUAUGAUGAGAAAGUAAUUACUAUUGGAGAUAUUAUCAUCGAAUGGGAUUUAAUUCAGAAAAAGAGAGUUGUUAUCGAUAAUUUGAAAGCAACUAAGCUCGUUGGUUAUAGAAAACGCGUUUCUCCAAAUGUUGACAAUCCAACUCCAGAUAUCUGGGAUCCAUCUCAAUGGAAUAUUGAGAUUACCACACCACCAACGAUUAUUCCAGUCUUAAUCAAAUCACCUUCUAUCAAUGAGCUAGAAUUAGAAAACGAAUUAUGUCGAAUAUUAUCAAUUCAAUGGAAGAAAGAAUUUGAUCAAACAUUGUUGAGAUUUUUACGUCCAAUUGCCGCAACACUUGAAACUAGAGAACUUGAAUUACCAGAUGAAUAUUGGACAAUGCCAAUUGCAUCUUUAAUUAAAGAAUCAUUACCAGAAAGCUCAUCACUCAAAGUAUGCUCAGUAUUCUAUUACUUAAAUAAUCCAUCUGAUAUCGCAUCAAAAAUAUUUGAAAAAUGUAAGAACAUAAUCCAACUUAAUCCAACUUCAAUUGGCCUAACAGUAUGUUCUACAUCUUAUGCAGAAGAAAUAUAUGGUAUUUGGGUUGUAAUAGGUUUUGUAACCACAUAA